AUGAACCUAGCCCCAGCGGAUCGGUCUCCUAUACGAUAUCAUCACACCGUCCCCCCGCUACCAGACGACAACAGCGGUCUACAAGAGUAUAUCGAGCAAUCACGAGAGGCUCUUCAAAGCCAACGUGCGAGUUUCGAAUGUGAGCGCUUCGCAUUCGGCGAGGAACGUAAACUGUGGAGCCAGGAGCGGGAGAUAUUGAAGUCGAGAAUUGCCAGUCUGGAGAAGCAUAUUGUCAGCUGCACGUAUGUGGGCAUGUCUGCCGCUGUACCUCUAACCCAAGCUGGAGACCCGUCUUCCAGCAGUUUACGGGUGUGGGAAGGCUCAAAACCGACAGGCAAGCCAACAAGGAGGUUUCUCGAUGGGGCAUAUGAUCAAUCUCCUCGCUUGGACGAUCACUUCGCUUCUGGCAGAUCGCCCUCCCUGGACGAGGCGCUGUCGCCCACAACCCAACCAGUUGACAGAGCACACCAUGUCGCCAUUCCCGUGGAGCUGGUCGACAGUAGCUUGGACGGCAUCACCCUCAAAUCAACUGGACUGCCUCCCAUUGUUGCCGCCAAACUAACUUCACCUCUUCCAUCAAACGUAUCCUCUCCGCCACAGCAAAACACAGUUGCAUUCGCUGCUGCAGAAAUGAACGAAUCGCGACCCCAUUAUCAGACACACGAUGGGUGCGAUUUGGCAGCUCCCCUUCAGACCGCUCCUCCUCUUAUCGGGGACAGAGUCCAAGCGCCCCCCGAGCGCCCCCGACUAACGACACAUACUACAGACGAGCCGAACGACCAGCAACCUAAAUUCACUCCAGAGGCUGAUUCACCUGAUAGGAACUAUGCAGAAGUGGACGAAGACCCUGAGCUUAGUGGCCCACUUAUGCUUCGGAACGACGAAGAGCAGGAUUUAGACUUCCUCGAAGCGCUCGACAAGAAGCUUCUCAUGGAGGCCAAGAGAGUGGUGUCUAAACCCGCAUUAUCAGAUUCUGAUGCCCUGUCUGAUAUAGCCAACCCGCAGCCAGAGCCAGAGCCAGAGAUCCGGUUCAAAAACAGUACAAACUUCGGCACUGCAUUUGGCUCGACUCAACGCAUAUAA